CGGGGCCUCGAGGGUCCGUGACACCUGCUCCGGGCACUGGAGGCGGGGCUGGCCGAGCCCUGCCCAAGCACUCGGAGCACCUGGAGCUCCCGGGCCUCCCCACCCCCAUUCAUUUCUGGCAACACGGACAAAGCCGCCUUGCGAAGAUCGACUCCUGCUCGGGAGCUGGCGAGGGGCCUCCCUGACGCGGGGACCGGGAUUCCCCACCCUUGCCUAGACCUGCGCCUUGUGACUGGGGCUGGGACUGGAUCUCUGACUCGGCCCCACCUCGCACCCCGCAGCCGACCGCAGCCUGGCCUCGGCCCUGGAGGGAGCGGUGGGCGCUCUGGCCCGUGAAGGAGAACAGUCACGUCUGGCUGAGCGCACAUUCGUGCCAGGCCCGGUGCUGAGGUUUGCUGAGCCUCGUCUGGUUUAACCCUCCCCUCGUCUCGGUUAACCCUCCCUUGGGUCCUGUGACGCAGGCGUUAUUCUCCCGAGGAGGGAAGUGACCUGUUCCAACACUCAGACCCCUUCCUAGGCUCUUCCCUGAAGACAAAGUGUCCUGCUGCUCUACUCGAAGGCUUCCUGCCCCUGGACUUGCCCCUGAUAUUCCUCCUGCCUGGAUUCCACCAGGUUGCCUACCCCAACCCUCCCGAGGGCGGGCUCCUCCUUCCACCUCCCUUGGUUUAUUUUAUUCCUAGCCCUCCUGGAAGUUGACCUCGUAGACCUGUUUAUAGCAGGUCUCCCCGCCUAGAAGAAGACUAAUCCUGGGCCUGGAGCCUUGUCUAUCUUGUCCUGUACUGGACCCCGGGAGCCCAGCCAGAGUCCAGCACCCAGGGACUACUAAAUCGGUGCUGAAAGUGGACGAAAUGCCCCAGGCCUCUCUGCCAGACAGAACCACAGGCCCGUCAGCCCUGCGAGUAUCACAGAAACUUCACACUCCCCGUCCUGUCCUCACUUUCUCCACGGCUGCAGAGGGAGAGACUGGAGGAGUGCCCACUGCCGUCUAGGCUCUGUGGUCAGACUACAGCAAGAUUCGAAUGUGGCUGGGCGUUAUUAAGCAGAUCCUUUCCACACCUGCUGAUAAUCCGUGGAGGGAAUCAGAUAGGAAAACUCGAGACCCAGAGAAGGGAAGCGCUCGACCAAGUCACCCCAAGCCAAGAACCGAAGGCGGAAACCGAGUUUUCUCCGCGAGGAUGGGACUGCACACCCGCAUAGUGCAUGCGGGAGCUGUGGCCGAAGCCCAGCACUAACAGUGGCUGACCAGGGAUCGAGACUGCGUGGAGGGCUGGAUUCUUCCUUGCCUCGGUUUCCCCAGCACUACCUCUGGUGGGGGUCGGGAGACGAGGCAAGUGGCCAAAAGGACGCCUGCCAGGACUGUCCCCGCGCCUCCUCAAGUCUGAUCGUAAUUCCUUUAGCCGACUACCUCCCCGCCCCCUUAAAAUACGGUCCUCCCGUUCGAGCCUCUCGGUGUUCUAUUGGAAAGACUCUAGGGUCCUAGUCCAUUCUCUAGAAUGAACUGCUCAGACUACCGCGGGAGCUUCCCUGGAACUGCUAACUGCGCAGGCGCAAGGGCCGCCCACCCGGAAGGCGGAAGAACCGGGUCCCGACGCCGCUGGGAGGGUCGGGGGCGGAGUGUGUAUUAACCAAUGACCUGAAGCAGCAGGGAGGGCGGGAUCAGGCCCGCAGUUGCUAAGCGCUACCCUGGAGGGAGGUGAUUUAGGCAAUGGGGUGAAGGGUGGUUCAAUGGCCCUUCACGUCAUUAUCCUUCUGGCCCUCGGAAGUUAAGCAACGAAGAGGCGGGCCUAGGACCGGAAGCAGGAAGGAGGGCGCAGGAAGAAGGGUGUUGCAGCUGGUCGUGCUGUCGGUCCGUGAGUCUAUCCGUCCCGAGGGCAGGAUGGAGAAACUGCGGCUUCUAAGCCUCCGCUACCAGGAGUACGUGACUCGUCACCCGGCCGCCACGGCCCAGCUGGAGACUGCAGUGCGGGGCCUCAGUUACCUGCUGGCAGGUCGCUUCUCCGAUUCGCACGAGCUGUCAGAGCUGGUGUACUCUGCCUCUAACCUGCUCGUGCUGCUUAAUGAUGGGAUCCUGCGGAGAGCGCUUCAGAAAAAGUUGCCUGUGUCGCUGUCCCAGCAGAAGCUGCUGACAUGGCUGAGCGUGCUGGAGUGCGUGGAAGUGUUCAUGGAGAUGGGGGCCGCCAAGGUGUGGGGUGAAGUGGGCCGUUGGCUUGUCAUCGCCCUCAUCCAGCUGGCCAAGGCUGUCCUGCGGAUGUUCCUGCUGAUCUGGUUCAAGGCUGGCCUCCAGACCUCACCCCCCAUUGUUCCGCUGGACAGGGAAACCCAGGCACGGCCCCCUGAUGGUGACCAGAGCACUGACAGCCAGGAGCAGUCGUACGUGGGGAAACGGUCAAACCGAGUGGUACGAACCCUCCAGAACACCCCAUCCCUGCACUCGAGGCACUGGGGAGCCCCCCAGCAGCGGAAGGGACGGCAGCAACAGCAGCAGCGCGAGGAGCUGAGUGUCGCCCCCACCCCUCUGGGCCUCCAGGAGACCAUCGCAGAGUCCUUGUACAUCGCCCGGCCACUGCUGCACUUGCUCAGCCUGGGCCUGUGGGGUCAGCGGUCGUGGACACCCUGGCUCCUCUCUGGGGUCGUGGAUGUGACCAGCCUGAGCCUCCUGAGCGACAGGAAGGGCCUGAGCCGGAGGGAGCGGCUGGAGCUGCGGCGACGGACCAUCUUGCUGCUCUACUACCUGCUGCGCUCCCCGUUCUACGACCGCUUCUCCGAGGCGAGGAUCCUCUUCCUGCUCCAGCUGCUGGCAGACCACGUUCCGGGCGUUGGCCUGGUGGCAAGGCCGCUCAUGGAUUACCUGCCUGCCUGGCAGAAAAUUUAUUUCUACAGUUGGGGCUGACCUAUCCCAGGAGUGGGUGCAGGGAGGGGCAGGGGUGCCCCGGCCGCUGGGUCCCCUGGGGCCCCUUCACCCUAAUAAACCGACUCUGGCAGCGA